AUGGAGGGCCGCCAAAGCACAGGAAGCCCACUUUCACCGCUCGCCUCGCACUACGAGAUAGACGAUUGGGUGUGGCACAAAGACGACAGGGAGGGCUACCGCCGUUCUCGUGUCCUGAGUGUGGACAACUUUCGGGACUCCAUCAUCGUGGCUGCUGAUGGCCCGAGCGGUGCGUCUCAGGCCGUUCGCAAGAGCGAUGUCCGCCCCUUCUACGAUGUGGGCGAGGAGCGCACUUUCCAGGACUGCACGGAGAUGGUGCAUUUGGACGAUGCAAACAUCUUGGACAACUUGCGCAAGAGGUACUCCAAAGACGAGAUCUACACCUACACCGCCAACGUCCUACUCGCGGUGAACCCUUACAAGAGCGUUCGUCGCCUCUAUUCUCGCGAGGAGAUGGAGAAGUACUGGGGCAAGAACCCAGGCUCCCUCCCUCCUCAUCCAUAUGCCAUCGCGGACGUGGCAUAUCGACGCAUGCAGCGGAAUCGCAAGAACCAGGCUUUGGUGAUCAGCGGUGAGAGCGGUGCGGGAAAGACGGAGACAGCCAAGAUCACGAUGCACUACCUCACCUCCAUGUCCAGGACUGAUGUGGAGCAUGGAAACAAGAUCCAAGAGAAGAUUGUCAAGGCGAACCCCAUCUUGGAAUCGUUCGGCAACGCCUCCACGGUGAUGAACAUGAACUCUUCUCGGUUUGGAAAGUACAACGAAAUGAUGUUCGACCGGGUCGGUUCUCUGGUGGGUGCGGGGAUCAAAACCUUCCUCUUGGAAAGUUCUCGUGUUGUCUUUCAACAGCACGGCGAGAAGAAUUACCAUGUCUUCUAUGAGCUUCUGGCUGGCAUGGAUGAGGAGUUCUUGGACAGGCUGAUGCUCGAACGGGAAGAGAGCUACAAGCUGCUACACUCCAGCGGAACCCCUCCUUUGCAAGACGGCUCGCCUGAAACACAGCGACUGGCUAAACAGUUCGAGGAGCUCAAGUAUGCACUGUCUCUCUUUAUCAAUGAGGAGGAGCAG